ACGUGGCGGCGGGCGGCGGGGCCGGGGCGCGGGGCGCGGGGCGCGGGGGGCGGCAUGGCGGCGGACAUCACGGCGCUGUUCCGGGCGAGCGUGCGGACGGUGAAGACGCGCAACAAGGCGCUGGGCGUGAGCGUGGCGGCGGACGGCGGCCGCGACGAGCUCUUCCGCCGCAGCCCGCGGCCCCGGGGCGACUUCUCGGCGCGCGCGCGCGAAGUGAUCUCCCACAUUGGCAAGCUGAGGGAUUUUCUCCUGGAGCACCGGAAAGAUUAUAUCAACGCUUACAGUCAUGCCCUCUCCGAGUAUGGAAAGAUGACAGACUCAGAACGAGAUCAGAUAGACCAGGAUGCACAGACCUUCAUGCGGACAUGCUCAGAAGCCAUUCAGCAGCUUCGGGCACAAGCCCACAGGGAGAUCCAUUCACAGCAGGUGAAGGAGCACCGCAGCGCUGUAUUGGAUUUCAUUGAAGAUUACUUGAAAAGAGUGUGCAAGCUUUACUCAGAGCAGCGAGCCAUCCGGGUCAAGCGUGUGGUAGAUAAGAAGAGACUAUCCAGGCUGGAGCCGGAGCCCAGUGCAAAGACGAGAGAGCCUGUGGCCCCGGAGACCGUGUCCCUAGGCCCCGCCUCCGAAGACCCUGGCGACAAGGCUGUGACGGAGGAAGGCCCAGAAAAGUUCCCAGCUGAAGAAGCACAGCCGGAGUCUGGGGCAUGGGGAGAUGCCAGAGAAGACGAACUGUCCCCGGAGGAAAUACAGAUGUUUGAGCAGGAGAACCAGCGCCUCGUCGGGGAGAUGAACAGCCUAUUUGAUGAAGUGCGGCAAAUCGAAGGGAAGGUGGUGGAGAUCUCCCGGCUGCAGGAGGUGUUCACUGAGAAGGUUCUGCAGCAGGAGGCCGAGAUCGACAGCAUCCACCAGCUGGUGGUCGGGGCCACGGAAAACAUCAAGGAGGGCAACGAGGACAUCCGUGAGGCCAUCAAAAACAACGCAGGCUUCCGCGUGUGGGUGCUUUUCUUCCUGGUCAUGUGCUCCUUCUCGCUGCUGUUCCUCGACUGGUACGACAGCUAAGGACACGGGGCUGUGGGUCCCUGCCACCAGCCACCAGCAGCCCUCAGGAGCUCCUCUGUUGCCAGCCCGCACCAAGCAACGCCCGAGGGACACGCAGCCAGAGGGGCAUGGAGCCCCCCAGUCCGGUUCCUCAUGGAACAGCUGCCUCCUCG